AUGGUGUGUGUGUCGGAACUUGUUUUUCGCGUGCUCGUUAAUCCAUUGCACCGAAAAGUCGCACUUGUUGCAAAGCAAGCGAACAAGAUGCCGGAGGCAGUAAAGAUCGACAUUUCCAUGGAGGUCACAGAGCAGGAAUACCGAAAGAUUUCCUCGCGGCCGCAUUUAAAGCAUAAUGACAUGACAGCUGAGGUGUGCACAGAAACCCUCGAGAUCAUCACGAUGGCGUGUGACAAGCACGUGCCCUUAAAAAAUUACGAAGCGGCAGCACAACUUAUCAAGCAGAGUAUGGACAAGAAAUUUGGGUCUUCGUGGCACUGCUUCAUUGGUGAAGGCUACGGCUUUGACGUAAGCUACCAGCAGCGACACAUGUUGUACAUGUAUGUGGGUGAGAUCGGUGUGCUUGUUUAUAAGUGCUGA